AGCAACACAAGACGACUGCCUUUGCCCACAACAUAAAGAGAGCAACUCGAAGCUUCAAUGGCAUACCGAGUGCCCCACGAUAGAGACCGUCGUGUCCACAUCAUCCUCCACCAAGACGGCGCGGCGGUCACCGUUCUCGGCGUCUUCGAAGAGCUACAAGACGCCAACCGGGAUUGUCUGUUCCAAGCUACGCAAGCGGGCAUCCAACUGUUACAAGAAUCACCUACUCAGGGCCCCGACAAGUACCACAUCACCCCAAUCGAGCCCGCGCGGUGGGAUACGCCGGACGGCGUGUCGUGCUGGGUCGAGAGCCAUACGGUGGAACCGAGUCGAGUUGCGGGAUCUAACCUGAAGACGCGCUGACAAGGGCUGAGGGUUGGAAUUUGACAUGACGAACGAAACGAGAAGCACAACAAUUGUGAUGAAAUAAAAAAGAAGGGAAAAGUCAGAGAAGAGAUUCAAGUCAACUUGAAGGGACACGGGAGGAAGAGCUUUGGUUACAUUGAAAUAGCGAUAUGCAGCAGCUUGGACAUCAAACGGCAGCACUGAAUUAUACCCACUGUAGUCUACGUGGAGGUGGCGAAUGGAGGGCACAUAAGCCGGGAAUAUUUCCUGCACAAUGUACGAUUAGCUGAGAGUUAUGAAUGCACACGGUAUUGCAGCAUCUUGCAUCUCUCGCUCUUCCUUUCUCUUAAGCACUUUGACGAUGGGAUAUAAAACCCAAGGUAUCCUUAAUGUUAUAUACAUGUAUUUUU